AUGGAAAAUUUAAACUGUACUGAAACCAAAAAAUUUCUCGAAGAUGAGAUCGCCAUUUCCAAACCUUAUCUAGAAAAGAGCCCGUUUCGAGCUGAAGUGCAAGCUCGCCACGAAGAAGUAGCUGAUUACUCUAUAACCUUAUCGCGUAUUUUCCAACAAGGCAAAUAUUUCUUCUCGUUUCGAAAUACUGGCAUACAAAAUCAAGAUGUGAUUUAUGUAUCGGAAUCAGCGAAAGAUGAAGGAAAAAUAUUUAUAGAUCCGAAUUCAUUUAGUAAAGAUGGUUCUGUCAGUAUUGAUUCUUUUUCAAUCAGCGAGGAUGGACUAAUUUUCGCAUAUUUGUUGAUGAAUGAUACUAGUGGUUGCUUUUCGAUGCACUUCAAACACGUGGAAAAAGGGGAGAUUUAUAAAGAUAAGAUGGAAAAUAUCUCAACAUUGAAUUUACGAUUUGUGAAAAAUAAAGGAGUAUUAUAUACGAACAAAGACAGAAAACAAUAUAAACUGUAUUAUCACGAGUUGGGAACUGAACAAUGUAAAGACAUCGUUGUAGCAGAAUUUCCAGACCAUCCUGAUUACAUAAUAUUCUGCAGUUUGAGUGACUGUGGUAACUACCUGAUCAUAAAUCCAUACACACAAGGCUUCAAAAAAUCUUUGGUGUACUUAGCUGACAUAAGUCAAGGAGUCAAGCCCAACCUAAAACUUAUACCAAUUAUCACAACAACAGAAGCCCAAUACAACUUUAUUGCCAACAACGGAAACGAAUUCAUUUUCAUAUCAGAUAAAGACCCUGAAAAAAAGAGAAUAUUUUCUGUUGAUAUCACAAACCCGGAUCCGAAAUCAUGGAAAGACACUGUACCCGAAAAUGAUAAAGAUACAUUGGAAUGGGCUGCCGCAGCCUACAAUUACUUGGUUGUAUGCUAUACUCGGGAUGUCAAGAGUGUUCUUCAAGUGCAUGACAUAAUGACAGGUGAAAUGAUCAAGACACUCGAAAUAGAUAUUGCGACUGUUAGCGCAUCUACUUUCUUCAGCGACAGAAAAUUUCCGAAUGCAUUUUUCUCCGUAGAAACAUUCCUUUCACCUGGUAUCACUUAUCACUGUGAUUUUUCUAAGCCAUCGUUCGAUCUUGAAAUCAUCAAUGAAAUCAAGGUGAAGAAUUUCGAUCGCGAGAAAUUCACUGUGGAACAGGUUUUCUACAAAAGUAAAGAUGGAACCAGUGUGCCCAUGUAUAUUGUCUAUAAAAAGGGCCUUAAAAAAGAUGGAAACAAUUUCACGUUUUUGUACACACGUGGCAGAUUCGGUGGCACCAUGGCACCUUAUUUCUUCCCAACUCAACUAGUAGUCGUCAGUAAUUUCGAUGGAAUAUACGCCAUGCCAAGUGUCAGAGGUGGAAGCGAUUAUGGUGAGAAAUGGCACCAAGGUGGGUCACUAGAGAAAACACAAAAUUCAUUCGACGAUUUUCAAGCCGCCGCUGAGUGUUUGAUCGCAGAAAAAUACACUAAUAGUAAAUUAUUGGCCAUCUAUGCUACUGGAAACGGAGGUCUUAUAACGGGUGCUUGUCUCAAUCAAAGACCCGAUUUAUUUGGCGCUGUUAUCUGCGAUUUAGGCACGUUUGAUAUGUUACGAUACGACCAAUUUACCGAUGGGAAGGACUUGGUAGUCGAAUAUGGUGCGCCAUCCGAUCCUAAAUUCUUUCCUAUUUUGUACAAGUACUCUCCUUUACAAAAUAUCAAAAUCCCCGAAGGUGGUGACAAGCAAUAUCCAGCUACCAUGGUGCUAACUAAACCUACUGAUAACGAAUCUCCUAAACAUGGUCUGAAAUUUAUCGCCACUUUACAAUAUGAAGCUAAGAAUCACACCAAUCAGAAAAACCCUUUCAUAAUACAAGUUUUACCAGACACCAGUGCAGCAUCCACUACUAAGAUUUUAUUGUGCAUUUGUACAUGCGAAGCUGAGAGAUUCUAUAAUUUCUAAGAUGUUCGAGUAGGUACCUAGUAGGCUAGUACAUGCAAUUUGAGAAGAUUCUGUAAUCGUAAUCAAUUUCAAUUCUAAUAAAUGAAAUCAUCAAAAUAAUCGAUAUCCUCUAAU